ACACGGACCUCUCGGUCUUCCGGUCUAUUACGGAUGUUGUGUUGUUUGGAUACACCAAGACCCCACAACAGACCACCACGAGGAACAUAAGCAGAUUAAUUCAACACGAAAGAUAAUUCACACGACACUAAUAUUCAAGUAAUAACACCCUGAGACUAACGGGCAUACUUAUAACAGCAAACAAUAAAUGACCGCGAGCGAGACAUGGAUUAAGCGCGCCGACCGCAUCGGCAUUUUAUGAGAGUAUAUUAAAUCAGAUCAACCCUUUGGGCACUAUGGACGGCAAGUUACCACCAUGGAAUAAACAUGGAAGCCAUAACAGCAGGGUUCCCUAUAAUAUAGCAGGGGAACGUCAGGAGGUAGGUUACAAUAACUAUAUAUCUGUACAUUAUGAUAAAGUAAUGACUGAGGGGAAUUACGGAGAAAGAACAGAAGAGUUCUCCCACAGUACCUGGCUCCAAACACAGCCACAGGAUCAUGACUUGAUAGAAGACAGCUCUGCUGCUGGAGAACCCAUUUCAUCGCUGUCAUCUUGUAUGAGUGGUGCAUUUAAGGCUUUGUUACCAGAUUACCAUGGAACUUCCUCAGAAAUGACAACUGUUAAAUAUUCGUAUUCUCCCAAUAAUAAUUCUCUCGUUAAACCUGGUACUGCAGUGGACGAAAAGAUAGUAGUGGAGAGAAGGGAAAAAAGCGAUUGUCUGAAAGACCCUUUGUGUGAAGCAUCAACUAGUGUGACACACAUGCUUCCACCCAGAUGUGCCCAAUAUGUGCCUCAAGAUAAGGACCGAGAGGUGGCCCAAGGAAACUGUAAUUGGACAUCAGUGAUCAAAGAUGCUCUAGAGAUGAGUAAUGGAAUGGAAAUGGAACAGACUUUAUCCAUGGAUGUAUGUGGCCCCUUGAUGGACUUAAAUCCUCUAUAUAAAGGACCUGAAACUGAGGCAAAAUUUACAUUAAUGGACGACUAUAAGAUAUCAGGAUCCAAACUAAAUGAGAAGCAGGAUGGUCAAGGAGUGAAAGGAGAACCGGAUUCCUUUAUUUCAAUGUUGUCAGAUGGCAUCAGUAAAAAGCAAGAUGUUCUGGAAAUGGGGGAAAAUGAGGAACCAAGCAUAUUAGUUGUUGGAACAUCUCUAAGGAAAGAGGAACUGGGAAUGACUGGAAUCAGAGAAAAUGAGCCAGGGUUUUUACCAGGAUUUAAUAGGAGUUCAUACACUCCUUUUUCCUCAUCAGAAGGUUUUAUGAAAAGUGAAGAGUUCCUGGGUGUUCCUUCGGUCAAGCAGUCUGUUGAACACAUCCUCCAGGGAACAACACAAGGACCCAAGUCGUGCAAAGAUGUCAGUCCUAGGAAAACGGCGGGUACAAGUAUUUGCUUCAAACAUGCAACAGUAAAAAACAAAACUGUUCUUGAAGGUUCUUCUGUAUAUGGUCUUCAUCUUGAUCUUCAAAAGGACUGUCACCAAGCAGAGGUUACAGAUGGAAACACUUCAGUUAACACCCAUGAUCAUUCCUUACAAUAUGAUGUGCAAGACAAGAGGGUAAACACAAGCAAUCUGCAUGCCUCUGAGACUACAUUAAUAGAGCAAAGUGCUGCAUGUCUUCCUGACACUAGUAAACUAAAAAACCAAGAUCAUGUACUUUCUCCAGCCUCAGUGGGCAGUCAAAAUACAGCUGUGGUCGAAUGUGAAAACUCAAAACUGCAGAUUCCAACAGAAGAUGGGACCUCAGAGAGCAGCCUGUCUGUACCAGGAAAAAUUCAAACUGUUUUUCAAAAGACACCAGUUAACACAAAAAAUGCAGAACUCGGUCUAAAGAUGGAAACAGAAUCUUCCCCUGAUAUUCAGAACUUUUCUUCAGGAUCAGAGACAGUACCACAUCAAACUGUUGUAUCCAACAUAAUUCACCUUGAUUAUAAAUGUAAGGAUUCUCAGAUAGAACCAGAGGAAAGUGACGAAUUAAAUCCAAGUACAGUUCUUCUGCCUUGUGAUGAAAAGGUACAAAACUCUGAAAAAAAUGAAAGGACAUUUCUCAACAUUACUUCAGAAAGCAGUAUUCCUCCUCCCACUGAGAAUGUUCAUGCAGCUCCACCUUCUCCCACGUUAAGGAUCGAUUGCUCCUCUCAGCCUAACCUACAGAAAGCAUUGCAAAAGCAUAAGAAAGCAAGAAAAAGAAAAAAAUCUGAACUUGAGGAAUUAAAUGGACCAAUACACAAAUCUAAUAAAAGAGAUGACUGUUCUGUGUACAGAUCAGUAAUUUCGGACAGUGCUGACAAACCAGACACAAUUGAAGGUGAAGACACUAAUCAAAACUUUUCAUUGACUAAUCAUGACAACACUGCACUGAAAGAGGAGGACUUAAUUGCAAAUGGUGAUGUAAACCCACCUUCAUCUAGAGGAAAAUCACAACUGCGGAUGACACAACCUGAGCUAGUGGCAGAUACAGCAGAAACCUCACAAAAUCCAGAUCAUAACUGCUCUGAAACCUCUCAGGUAAAAGCACCGUCAACCGCUAUGAUCGACAGGAAGGCUGUUUCUAGAAGGAAACUGAAGAACAAAACAAGGUUACGUUUAAAAGCAAAAAAAUCUGCUAGAUUUAGCAAUCAGUGUUUGUCUCAAGCCACUGUCUUGUCCUCAGAAGAGGACUGUACAUCACAUUUUCAGGUCAGUGACGCCACCCUGGUAAAAGAAGUCAGCAACCCAGAAAUAAUCCAACAAGCCACCUCUAGAUUAGAGUCCAGUAUUGCUAAGUGCAGUCCAGAAAAAUCUACAAAAAAGAAAACAUUGCAAACAAAAAAAUAUGCUCUGCAAACACUACAAAGCAAAGGCGACCCACAUGAUGAACCCACAACAUUUACAGAAGUUGAGGCAGACCUAAUGGACUUCAAGAAGCAUCCGAAGGUGAGAAGACCUGGUAUAAAAGCUUCUAAAGGCAAAAAUGAUGAGCAUGCAACUAGUCUGCUUAAUAGUCAGUCUUUACUAGAGUCUGUGAGUCAAGCAGAUUCUGUUUCAACCUCAGUAAAUGAAUCUUCAAACAUUAUAAGCCCUGAGAAAAACCCAAAGAAAUCAAAGCAAAAGAAAAGAGCAGAUAUCAAGAAGGCAACACAAUCCCAACAAGAGGAUAUUCCCUUACCAUUAUCAAAAUCUAAGGAACACAUGGUGAUUUCCAAUACAAGGACUUUGAAAGUAGAAAGAUCUGUAAAGAAGGCUACUAGAACAGAUGACUGUGACACUACUCUUUUGGACAUACAACCUUCUAUAGCCACUCUGAAGCAAAUAGAUUGUAUUCCAACUGGGGGAACUGAAGUUGAGUCUCCAGUUGUUCUCAGCACGCAAAGGAAGUCACUGAAAAAGAAAUGGUCAGAUAUUAAAUGUAAAGCAAGCUCGCUGAAGAAGGCAAAGAAAACACAAGUGAAACAAUUGCUAGUGCAAAAAGAAGAUAAUGAACAAAGUAACAUUCAAGAGCUGGCUCUCGGAGAGGACGGAAAGUCUGACGCGCCAUCUGUUGUGCGGGAGGUACCCUUUGAGAAUUUUGAAACGUUAGAAGCAGACAGCUGUGACCAGCAGAAGAAGGAGAAAGCCAAAAAAUCCAAGCAAAUUGCAGAAACGCAUGAAUUUGCUAAUGUUUCUUUGUCUCAAGAGAAAAAUACUGGAUCAGAUGAGGCAGGUGUCAUGGUCACCUUUACACAGAUCCAAGAUUUCUGUAAACUACAUGAUGGUCAGACUGUAGAACCACAGACUGAAAAAGAAGAGGAAGAGAGUAGAAUUAAAGAUAUCAAAGCCACAAAAACCCCUAAAACAAAGAGUAGAAAAGCUAGGCGAAAGAAGAUAGCGGGCCUGUUAACUCAAACGGUUAAAGAUGAGGAACAUAAAGAAAUAUCUUAUGAUAACAGAAUUGUCUGUGAUUUUCAAAACAACACACAAAUUCCAAUUUCUAAUAACUCACAGAGGACAGCAGUUAUUCCAGAAGAACCAGUAAUGAAAUCAAGAAAAUCAACCCGCACACAAAAAACAAGCUCGGGUCCAUUUGUUCAAAAUGUGUCAACUCAGGGCUCUUUAGACAUCAUUGAGUGUCAUACGAGGCUUGGAGAGACUCUUUCUGGUUCCAUGCAGCCUGAUGAUUGUGAAGGCCAGCACACUGUUGAGCAAAAGUCACCAAGACGUGGAAGACCACCCUCAAAUAAAAGCAAGAAACAGAAGUUAUCUAUGGCACAUUUAGAAGAUAACACCACUCCAUCUGUCCAUGUCUCAGAUUUCUCUUCAUGCCAGGACAGCACAGAGACUCUUUCCAGUUCCAUGCAAACUGCUGAUUGUGAAGGCCAGUCCACUGUUAAGCAAAAGUCACCAAGACGAGGAAGACCACCCUCAAUAAAAAGCAAAAAACAGAAGCUAUCUAUAGCACAUUUGGAAGAUGACACUUCUCCAUCUGUCCAGAUCUCAGAUCUCUCUUCAUAUCAGGACAGCACAGAGACUUUUUCCAGUUCCAUGCAACCAGCUGAUUGUGAAGGCCAGCACACUGUUAAUCAAAAGUCACCAAGACGAGGAAGACCACCCUCAAUAAAAAGCAAGAAACAGAAGUUAUCUAUAGCACAUUUAGAAGAUAGCACUACUCCAUCUGUCCAGUUCUCAGACCUCUCUUCAUGUCCGGACAGCACAGAGACUCUUUCCAGUUCCAUGCAAACUGCAGAUUGUGAAGGCCAGUACAUUAAGAAAACACCAAGACUAGGAAGACCACCCUCAAUAAAAGGCCAGAAACAGAAGUUAUCUAUAGCAUAUUUAGAAGAUAACACCUCUCCAUCUGUCCAGAUCUUAGAUCCCUCUUCAUGUCAGGACAGCACAGAGACUCUUUCCAGUUCCAUGCAACCCGCAGAUUGUGAAGGCCAGCACGCUGUUAAGCAAAAGUCACCAAGACGAGGAAGACCACCCUCAAUAAAAAGGAAGAAACAGAAGUUAUCUAUAUCAUAUUUAAAGAAUAACACCUCUCCAUCUGUCCAGAUCUUAGACCCUUAUUCGUGUCAGGACACCACAGAGACUCUUUCCAGUUCCAUGCAACCUACUGAUUGUGAAGGCCAGUACACUGUUAAGCAAAAGUCACCAAGACGAGGAAGACCACCCUCAAUUAAAAACAAGAAACAGAAGUUAUCUAUAGCACAUUUAGAAGAUAACACCUCUCCAUCGGUCCAGUUCUUAGAUCUCUCUUCAUGUCAGGACAGCACAGAGUCUCUUUCCAGCUCCAUGCAUCCUGAUGAUUGUGAAGGCCAGUACACUAAGCAAAGGUCACCAAGACGAGGAAGACCAUCCUCAAUUAAAAACAAGAGACAGAAGUUAUCUAUAGCACAUUUAGAAGAUAACACCUCUCCAUCUGUCCAGAUCUCGGACCUCUCUUCGUGUCAGGACAGCACAGAAAAUGCUGCCAAAGCAGCUGCAAGUCCAGUGAAGCAAGUGGAUAAUGUAACUUUUACCAAACAAUUGGGGACUGAUCCCUCAGAAUCCCUUCAGAGUGUUACUGAUGACUUGUCACACAACAUCUCUGCACCUAAGUAUAAAAAAGGGAAGAACUUUAAAAGACUUAAGUUGUCAAGCUUGAGAGUAUCCAGCAGAACAUCUGAACCUUCAGUCAAAGGUUUUCAAAAAGCAGAUAUACAUUCCAUCCCUCAAAACUCCACAAACAAUUUCAAUGAGGAAGGGGAAACAUCUUUGCCUAUGCCUAGGACAGCAAAGAAAUUGGAACUCUGUGAAAAAACUGCUAUACAGGAUGGAGAUGUCCUGGCAGAUAUAAAGAUUGAGAGUAAGGCAACAGUUAAAGUAGUGAAAGGAGCAAAACGUGGUCGGAAGAGACGAAAAAUUAAAGAACCACCCCCUGAUCUUGUAACUGAUCAUGAAGAGCUUCAAAGAUUAACAACAAAAAACAAAAAUGACAAAAGACAAGAUUGUUCUGAACCAGCCAAAAGUUUACUGACAACGUUUAGUAUAACUAAUGAAUGUGCCACUGAGGACCAGAAUAAUACAGUUACAUCGGAGAACAAUGAUAAGGAGAAAACUACCACUCAAAUGUCCACUUCUUUCACUCACCUAUCCUCCAAUUCAAUGAAAGAAGUACAGAAGUACAAAGAACACGAUGCUGAACCAAAUGGAAACCAUUUAUUUGCGGUUAUUGAUAAUACAGGACUCUCUGGGGGAGUCUCUAGUGGAAUUUGCAACUUAAUUUCUAGCAAUGUGGUCAAAGAGGAGUCAGAACACAUUUUUCUGGAUACAAAAAUUAAACCCAACAUUGAGCUGAAAUGUACUCAGCAAACAGAUGGACAAAGUGUGGAAAUGUCAGGAAAAAAAUUACUUGACAACUUGUCUGAAAUAGAAAACGCAUUUCAAACAUCUACAGAACAUAAAGUGGAUGGCUUCACACAGGAUAGUGAGGAAUGUGUUGUAAUGCCAAAAAAGGUGUCUAAAAAGAAAACAAUGAGAUCCAAGCCUAAAGAAAUAAUGAAGAAACCUCUCACAUGCAAAUACUGUGGUGUUUCCUUUCGGCACAUUACAGCAUAUGCCAUUCAUCAACGCAUUCAUACAGGUGACAAACCCUACAAAUGCAAGAUCUGUGGAAAAACCUUUGCUCAACUGUCUAAACUCAAGUCUCACCGUAAUGUACAUAAACAGGAUACCUCUUUUCCUUGUCCUUGCUGUAGCCAAAAAUUCUUGCAGAAAGAAAAUUUGCUAUGUCAUUUUAAAGUCCACCUGCAUGAAUCAAAAACAAUCACUGAACCACAGAAGGGCAUUAAGAGCAAGAAAAAUACUUUAUCAGAUGUGUGUUCAGAGACCCCAAACAAUCACAGGUGCCUUAUUUGCAAGGAAAACUUUGUAAGCCACGUUAAAUUGCAGAAUCACAUGCAAUCACAUGAAGUGGAGAAGCCCUUGACUUGUAAGGACUGUGGGAAGAAGUUCUGGAAACCAUCAAGCCUCACAGCUCAUGAAAAAAGCCACUGGCCUGUUAAACCAUAUGCAUGUUCAAUUUGUGGAAAAGGAUUUAACCAGCUAAAGGCUCUAAAAAAGCAUUCUCAAGACCAUGCCGGCGAGACCCCUUUCUCCUGCUUUCACUGUGGUCAUGCAUUCAGUGCCCUGUCUGCACUUAGGAUGCACCAGGCAUCCAAAACUUGCAUUGCAAGGAGGAAUGAUGGGGCAAGUGGUAACAUUGAGGGCUUUAUUGUAAGUCAAGGAGUUGAUGGUCAAGUGAACACACCAGUAUUCUUCAAGUGCCAAAUAUGCAAACAGCUUUUCAGGAAAUGGUGCCAAUACACUCUUCACCUUCAAACACAUACCAGCUCUCCCCCAUACAUUUGUUUUUCUUGUGGACAGUGUUAUGAGAAGGAUUCAGAUAUGAAUGUUCAUUGUGAGGUUUGUUGCCAGUCAAGUGGGGAGGAGCAGAUUUGUGGUGCAUCACUCUCUGAAAUCAUGCAAGGUGUUUCCCAAACCUACCCUUCAAAGUGUAAACCUACCUCAUCUCAGACUCUAUCAAGUACAGGAUUUCACCUGAAUUCCCAAAUGCCGACCAGCUCAGAACAACUCCCACAACUGCCUCAAUCGAUAGAUGUGGAACUUACACAAACAAAAGAGACAGAUCUUUCUGAAAUUCCUAAAAUUUAUUCUACCCAGUCACCCAUCAAGCUCCCAAUUGCCCAAUCUCCCACUCAUUCUGAUGUUAGAUGUGCUUCCACAAGUAGCUCUCUAGAAUGCAUUGAAAUCACUCGGAGUCUUUGGAAAUUCAAGUGUUCACGUUGUGGUCAGCGAUUUGAGCAGUACCGGACUUUGAGUGCUCAUCUGCAAAUGCAUGCUCCUGGUUUCAGAUAUACCUGUGCACAUUGUGGACAGUUCUUUGAAAGGUGGAGUAAACUAUGGCUACAUCAGCGACGUCAUCGUCUAAAAAGCCGUUGCUACUCUUGUAAUCAGUGCAAUCUGCAGUUUCGCUUCUUUAGCUCCUUUAAAGAACAUAUGAUUGACCAUGCUGGAGAGAAAGCGUAUGCUUGUUCGCUCUGUCCCAGAACCUUCAUUCAGGAGCCAAGCUUACAUGCUCACCAAUGUGAGUCUCAUAAACAACUUUGUAAAAGUCUCAAAUGUGAUGUCUGUUCUAAGACUUUCAGUAGUUUAACAAACUUAAUCAAGCACAGUCUUCUGCACAAUGGUUCUACUUCUCAUAUUUGUCUCCCUUGCAAUCUCUCAUUCACAAAUUCAAGAGUCUUAAAGGAACACUUGAAAACACACACCACAUACCAUGGUCCGGUCCUCCCUGAUAUUCCUUCAAAGCCUCUCGAUUUUCCUCACAAAUGCAAGAGAUGUAAAGCUAGCUUUUCAACGGGGGAUUUGCUCUACGCUCAUCAGAUACGCCAUUCCAGAGAUGCAAAGAGUCAUGUCCAUUCAGCAAUAGUACCUACCUCAAAAUUGUCAGAUUCUUCUUGUAGUGAGACACCAUCUACCCUAUCCUCCACUCGAAGGAAUCAUAUAUCAAACCUCAAACUUGAUGGCAUACCCGAUGAUGAAAGCCUGUAUGUUUAUUCCCACCCUGACAGGCUCUAUGUCCCCUUUAGUCGCAGAGUACAGAUUCCAGUCAUUAAUUUGGACCCUGAUGAACAUGAGGAUAUCUCAAACUCUCAGAAUACCAGUCCUGAACUUCCAAACAGUGAAAUCACUGCUCAGUCUGACAGCACACAUCUACCUCAGGCCACAGCAGGUCAGGAAACCACCAACCUAGACUCAAGUGAAAGCCCAAAAGAGAUGGCAAAUGGUGAACAUAAUUACAGCUGCACGCAUCAGAGAACUAGAUUUGUGGAGACAAGUGUUGAUAUGGAGGUAGAAGCGACUGCUCAAGAAGAAGAGUCAGGGGAGAGAUUCGAAUGUGCAGACUGCACUGAAAAACUUAGCAGCGUGCUGAGCCUUUAUGAACAUUACAUACUUCAUGCAAUGGGAGAUACGUAUGUACAAGUACAUUGAACUUUGAUAAUGUUGGAAGGUAGAUGCUUUCCCAAGUGUUGACACUAUUAUCUUUUUUACACUUUGUUUUUGCAUGUUUGAAGCAAAUAUCGGCUAAAUGUUUAUCUUGUAUUUUAGUUGAUCUUGAAUUUAGUUGAUUACCAUACCUCUUUCCUCUAACAUGCUCUUUGAGCCCUCAGGUUCAUUUAGUUUAAACCGUUGUUGCCCACUAGCCAUGUGCUACAAGGGUCAUGUCACUAUGCCUUCUCAAAUCAUCUCUGUACUGCUCAUUUGUCUUGAUUUCUUAAUUUGUGCCUUCAGUGAGAGGUUUGGUUCUGUAAAGGAUCUGUAAAUAGCUAUAAAUAAAACUUCAUAACUACACAUCCUGCUAGUCCUCUCCGUCAAAAUCUCGUAGUUACACGUUUUCAAUUGAAAUUUUGUAAUAUUGAGAUGUGGUUAAAUAUAGGUUAACCUAGAGCAUUCAUAUAUUAUGUCUGGAUGGGACACAAAUAUAAUCUAUAUUGUAAAUAAUGUGUAGAACAUUUGAUAAUUUCUAUAUGCUUGUCAUUGUAGUCAGAUUUCUUUUAAUAAAAUAUACUACGUGUC